AUGUCUUUCGUCAGCUCACAGCAAUCGUACGCCGCCUUCUGCGAAGAAUUUGAUGAAGAUGCGAAUGUAGCAAUCCCCGAAACAAGACGGGUUGCAAACAUUUCCGCCAAAAGGUCAAAGCCGGACCUUCACCCAGUGAUAAUCAGCGCAGACGGAGCCAGCGAUUCUGGCUAUUCAAGCCGUACUGCGGCGACAAUUGGGAGUAGCGGAGAAUCGCUUGCCAGCGGUGCCAGCGGUGCCAGCAGCUCGUACGCUGCUUCUAUGAACAACGCCAUGGCUGGACGAGAUAUACCUCGUGUGAGGUCGCGGGGCGAUGGAGUGGAUAGAGAAAAGCAACAUACCCGCAAGGCAAAGGAGAGAGAGCAGAAAGACUUGGACGGAAUGCAGCACGAUGGAAUGAAGCCACCUUCAUCACGAGGCUCGAAUCGACCGACCGCUCUUACACAUGCACCCAAAGCCCGGCGUCGAGAGUCGAUGUCUGCAGGAAGGCAUCCACCCGGAGUGUGCGCCGAAUGCGAUCGCUUUGGAUAUCACACCCAGGGCAUCAUACCGAACAUGAUGGACGCCUCGUCGUACUUCAAUCAAAUCCCCGGGUACGACGUACCACCAUCGCCUCAAACUCCUCGCUACCAACCAAUGGAUAUGGGCAUGUCCAUCACUCCGGCCAUUACACACUCUCGUCGAUCAAAUUCGUCUUCUUACCACCAGCAGAGUCGCCCUGUCAGCUUCCAUCCCGGCAUCGUGCCUGAUAUGAACAUGAUGUACAUGGCAGGCGGUCCAUCAGCUCCGUAUGGUAACAGCCAUGCCGGUCCACCACUCUCUGCCUCAGCCUAUACGAACGCUUACAUGGGCUCUCCUUUCGAUUCAUCCUACACUCAGCCUUCCCCAAUCAUGGGCUCGUCUUACGAAAACUCGUCCCAGGUGAUGAUGCAUUACGAGCGUCCCCGCACCGCAUCUAUGUCUCGACCUUCAUCUGAACGACCAAGACGAGGCUCCGUCUACGGCCCUCCGGUUGUGGAAAACACUCCUCCUACACCGAGCCAUAUGCCAAACUUGGAUCGCAAGUUGGAACGCCGACCAUCUAGGGAACAACGUGCUCGCCGGCAGUCACGCUCGUAUCACGAUGAAGAUUACUACCGCAUGCCACCUCCUCGCCUUCCAGCAUCCAAGCCAGCGCAGCCACAGCCUCCUGUUCAAGUGAUUCCCAUCGCUAAGCGACCGACUCCGAAGAAAGCUGUUACCACGCCGGCAGCCACCACUGUGGUUCAUCGUCCCCCAUCAUUCGAUAUGUCUAGCAUGCGCGAAGCACUCCCACCACCAAGGGCUAACCAGUACCAUCACCAACCUCCCCAACCUCAGCGACGGACGAGCCGCAGUGCUGCUCGUGAACCCUCUCCAGAAAGAGGCACGACUCAGGUGAUUACAAGCACCAGGCCGCGGAGGACCGCUACAUACUACGAUGCUGCCAGGCCUGCCAGAGUCGCUGUAGAAGCUCCUCGCCGCCCUCGCCGUGUAUCAACAUACGGAAUUGAACAGGAGAAUCUUUUAGAACAGAAGCAACGCGAAGUGGAAGCAUACCAAGCCGCUCGGGCCCCGAAGGCGCCGCAGCUUACUACUGAAAUGGUCCGAAAGGCUUCUCGUCGUGUCUCCAAGGCCCGGACGAUUCACCAGCGCCAGCCUGAACCCGAGCCUGAACCAGAACCAGAGCCAGAGAUUGAAAGCCCAAGCGAAACUGAUACUGACACUGAAAGUGAGGAAGAGGAGGAAGAAGAAGAGGAGGAAGAGGAGGAGGAGGAGGAGGAGGAGCCUCCCAUGCAAGUAUACCCUAUUUCUCGCGUCCAUCGACAACAGCCUCGACAGCAGCUUAGGCAGCAACAUCCGCCAGCACCGCCCGCCCCACCGGCCCCCCCAGCUCCCCAAGUGCCACCAGCUCCAGUACCACUCACAACUGAGAUGCUCCGCAAGGCUGCUUCUCGUCGGCCCCCUCCAAUCCCACACAGUGAAACCGAGAGCGACGACGACGAUGAUGCAAUUGAAGACGAUUCAUCAUCUGAAAGCAGUGACUCAGAAGACGACACCAGUGAUGUCAACACCAAGAAUGGCAGUGCCACCGGCUCCCGAGUCGACGACGACAGCAUUACCAUGAUCAUCCGAGGUGUUAAAAUUGGGCUAUCUAGUGAUGCCAUUGAUGGGAAGACCAUCAACUUCCGCUCAGGGGAGGAGGGAGGAGUUGAAUUGAACAUUGGCGGACGAAAACGGGAUCGAUAUUUCUUACCGCGUUCCGACACCGCUAGCACAAGCAGCCGCAGAGAAGCCGACGACAUCAGACGCCUGCGCGAAGAACACCGCGCCGAACGUGACAGCCGACGAUCCAGCCGAUCAGGAUAUAGUGGACGAGGCCUACUGGAGUAA